AUGGCCAAAAACCUGUCAGAUUGUAAAAAUCCGGAACACAAUUUCGUGAUUGAAAAAAGUAUAUUAUUGCCUUAUGUAAUAACUUCAGUGAACAUAUCGCGCAAUGGAGAGAUUGCAGCUUCUACGAGCAAUGCGAAUAUAACAUUACUUGACGCUAUAUCCAAUGAUGUUAUUCAAGUUCUUCCAUGUGAGAUGGGUGCUACUAACCUGCAGUUCAAUCACACCAAUAACUCAUUGUUGUUUAGUUGUAUAAUUUCCAAUAACGUCGUUAAGUCACUUGACUAUACAACUGGAAAAUAUUUGAAUAAAUAUAUCGACGGCAAGGCUGAGGUUCAUUCCAUUUCCAUGCAUCCUGAGAAAAAUAUGUUUGUUACUUCUAAUGGAGACAAAACAUUGAAAUUAUGGGAUGAACGCUCUGGUAAAAAAAUUGACUCCUCAACAAUAUCGGCACCUGGUAUUGCAACUUAUCACCCAGACGGCAUUGCCGUUUUUGCAGCGAAUCAUAACGGCAUGUUUGUGUACGACACUCGCAGAUUUUCGAGUGGGUCUCUCAUGGCUUAUUUACCAGCACGCGCCUUCGAUCAACUGCGUUGUGUUAGGAUUUCGCCAAAUGGUAAAUUAGUUGCGGUGCUUGACGGUGAUGUGGUAGAAAUCUUGCUCACAAAAGAAAUAACUCCGGUAAAUAAGUAUACUGGGUUUUCCACAGACAAAAAUAUUCCCGUCGAUAUGUGUUUUAGUGUUGAUUCCUCUACGUUUAUUACAAGCACUACCGAUGGUGAUCUGGCAAUUUGGAAUACGAACCAGAGCAAGGGCUUGUACACAAUUCGUAGUGAUGACCUUCAGGCUAUACAGAGUAUGAAAAUGAAUCCUGAAUACAUGCAGUUGUGUACGGCUGCCGGAAGAAAUUUAAGCUUUUGGCAGUUAGGUCAAAAUUAUGUGAAAUUGUUUAAUGAGACAUAUAAAUCACUAAUUGGAUCAAAUAUUUCUCAGAGCUCAUUUGAACUAGAAUUUAAAGUUGAUCCUACUCCAUCAAAUGGACUUAUCAAAAUUGAAAGUGUAGAAGAUGUUUUACAUUCAUACGAAGGCGCUGAGCCUCUGACAUUCCGCACUGCAGUUCUGCCUGAGUCUGUAUCAUCAGACUGGCCAUCUAUAUCAAGUUCGACGGUAUUUGAUGAGGUUAGUAUGUUUGUAAACUCAACAGCAAUACUUAGAACAAAACGUAGUGAACCAAGCACAUCUUCUGAAGAAAGUCACUUUGAAUUGAAAUAA